AUGCCGCAGCUUUCUCCUCAGGUGUCCCAAACUUUGUCAGCCUCACAUGCAGUGCCCUGCAUUUCCACUCAUACUCCAGUUGGAGUUACUUUGCAAGACAUGGCUACCCACAUAUCCUCGGCGGUAUCUGAUGCUCUGCCUGCUUUUCCUAUGCUGCAGGGGAAGCGUAAAAGGAAAUAUAGGGAGUCAACAAAGACACCAAUUAACAGCAGAGGCAAAUAUGAGGGACUCAAACAGGGUAAGAGGCCCGUAGAAGAAUAUAUUGCAGAGUUCAAACUUUAUGCAUCUGACUCCCUCUGGAGCCCUAUAGCGCUUCGUAACCAAUUCCGUCUAGGAUUGGCAGAGAAUCUGAAGGAUGAAUUGGCAAGGAUAGAAUUACCUGCUACCUUAGAAGCAUUGAUGAAGAUCUCCUCUCAAAUUGAUAGAAGACUCAGAGAGAGACGUGGAGAAAAACUACAUACUGAUCUCUAUCACAAGCAUUCACCUCCCAGAACCCAUACCAAACCCACACUACCUACUUCCGUUCCCAUGGAGAUUGGGGUGGUUAGAGGACCUCUAUCAAAUGAAGAGAGGAUGAGGCGUAAGACUAGAAACCUCUGCAUGUAUUGUGGUGAUCCAACCCAUUCUGUACAUGAAUGUCCUAUUCUUCAGAAGAAUAAGAAAAGUGUGUAUUGUGUUUUACCUACUUGUACGGCUAAAGCUAAUCCUCCAUUGGAAGGUCAAGACAGUUUGCUAGAUGAAGAAAAUCCAGAAAUAAAAAAACAAUAUACUAAAGAACGUGAGAGGAGUGUUGGAUUAGCAGCAAGACAACUGUCUAAUGACGAUAGUGUGAGAUCAGCUGCAAGAGAACUAUCUAGUGAGAAGAGUGUCAAACCAAAAUCAAGAGAACCAUCUAGUGAGAAGAGUGUCAUACCAGAAUCAAGAGAACCAUCUAAUGAGAAGAGUGACAGAUCAGCAACAAUUGAUUCGUCUACUGAGAAGAGUUUCAAACCAAAAUCAAGAGAACAAUCUAAUGAGAAGAUUGUCUUACCAGAAUCAAGAGAACCAUCUAGUGAGAAGAGUGACAGAUCAGCAACAAGAGAACCGUCUAGUGAGAAGAGUGUUGGAUCAGCAGCAAGAGAACCAUCUAGUGAGAAGAGUGUCAAACCAGAAGCAAGAGAAACAUCAAGUGAGAAGAGUGUCAAACCAAAAUCAAGAGAACCAUCUAAUGAGAAGAGUGAGCUAUCAGCAACAAGAGAACCAUUUAGUGAGAAGAGUGUAAAACAAGAAACAAAAGAUUCAUCUAGUGAGAAGAGUGUCAAACCAGAAUCAAGAGAACCAUCUAGUGAGAAGAGUAACAGAUCAGCACCAAGAGUACCAUCUAGCGAGAAGAGUGUUGGAUCAGCAGCAAGAGAACCAUCUAGUGAGAAAAAUGUUGGUUCAGCAGCAACAAAACCAUCUAGUGAGAAGAGUACCAGAUCAGCAGCAAGAGAACAAUCUAGUGAGAAAAGUGUUGAAACAGCAGCAAGAGAACCAUCUACUGAUAGGAAUGUUGGAUCAGCAGCAACAAAACCAUCUAGUGAGAGGAAUGUUGGAUCAGCAGCAACAAAACCAUCUAGUGAGAAGAGUGUUGAAACAGCAGCAAGAGAACCAUCUAGUGAGAAGAGUUUUGGAUCAGCAGCAACAAAACCAUCUCGUGAGAAGAGUGUUGGAUCAGCAUCAACAAAACCAUCUAGUGAGAAGAGUGUUGAAACAGCAGCAAGAGAAUCAUCUAGUGACAAGAGUGUUGGAUCAGCAGCAAGAGAACCAUCUACUGACAAGAGUGUUGGAUCAGCUGCAAGAGAACCAUCUACUGAGAGGAAUGUUGGAUCAGCAUCAACAAAACCAUCUAGUGAGAAGUGUGUUGGAUCAGCAACAAGAAAAGCAUCUAGUGAGGAGAAAAAUGAAUCAUCAGCAACAAAACAAUAUAGUGAGACGAGUGUUGAAACAUCAGCAAAAGAACCAUCUAGUGAGAAGAGUGUUGGAUCACCAGCAACAAAACAAUCUAGUGAGAAGUGUGUUGAAACAACAGCAAAAGAAUCUAGUGAGAAGAGUGUUGACACAGCAGUAAGAGAACCAUCUAGUGAGAAUAGUUUUGGAUCAGCAGCAACAAAACCAUCUAGUGAGAAGAGUGUUGGAUCAGCAUCAACAAAACCAUCUAGUGAGAAGAGUGUUGGAUCAGCAGCAAGAGAACCAUCUAGAGAGAAGAAUGUUGGAUCAGCAGCAACAAAACCAUCUAGUGAGAAGAGUGUUGGAUCAGCAGCAAGAGAACCAUCUAGUGAGAAGAGUGUUGGAUCAGCAGCAAGAGAACCAUCUAGUGAGAAGAGUGUCAAACCAGAAGCAAGAGAAACAUCAAGUGAGAAGAGUGUCAAACCAAAAUCAAGAGAACCAUCUAAUGAGAAGAGUGACCUUUCAGCAACAAGAGAACCAUUUAGUGAGAAGAGUGUAAAACAAGAAACAAAAGAUUCAUCUAGUGAGAAGAGUGUCAAACCAGAAUCAAGAGAACCAUCUAGUGAGAAGAGUAACAGAUCAGCACCAAAAGUACAAUCUAGCGAGAAGAGUGUUGGAUCAGCAGCAAGAGAACCAUCUAGUGAGAAAAAUGUUGGUUCAGCAGCAACAAAACCAUCUAGUGAGAAGAGUACCAGAUCAGCAGCAAGAGAACAAUCUAGUGAGAAAAGUGUUGAAAAAGCAGCAAGAGAACCAUCUACUGAGAGGAAUGUUGGAUCAGCAGCAACAAAACCAUCUAGUGAGAAGAGUGUUGAAACAGCAGGAGAACCAUCUAGUGAGAAGAGUUUUGGAUCAGCAGCAACAAAACCAUCUAGUGAGAAGAGUAACAGAUCAGCACCAAGAGUACAAUCUAGCAAGAAGAGUGUUGGAUCAGCAGCAAGAGAACCAUCUAGUGAGAAAAAUGUUGGUUCAGCAGCAACAAAACCAUCUAGUGAGAAGAGUACCAGAUCAGCAGCAAGAGAACAAUCUAGUGAGAAAAGUGUUGAAACAGCAGCAAGAGAACCAUCUACUGAGAGGAAUGUUGGAUCAGCAGCAACAAAACCAUCUAGUGAGAAGAGUGUUGAAACAGCAGCAAGAGAACCAUCUAGUGAGAAGAGUUUUGGAUCAGCAGCAACAAAACCAUCUAGUGAGAAGAGUGUUGGAUCAGCAUCAACAAAACCAUCUAGUGACAAGAGUGUUGGAUCAGCAGCAAGAGAACCAACUAGAGAUAAGAAUGUUGGAUCAGCUGCAAGAGAACCAUCUACUGAGAGGAAUGUUGGAUCAGCAGCAACAAAACCAUCUAGUGAGAAGAGUGUUGGAUCAGCAGCAAGAGAACCAUCUAGUGAGAAGAACGUUGGAUCAGCAUCAACAAAACCAUCUAGUGAGAAGUGUGUUGGAUCAGCAGCAAGAGAAGCAUCUAGUGAGGAGAGUAAUAAAUCAUCUAGUGAGAAGUGUGUUGGAUCAGCAGCAAGAGAAGCAUCUAGUGAGGAGAGUAAUAAAUCAUCAGCAACAAAACAAUAUAGUGAGACGAGUGUUGAAACAUCAGCAAAAGAACAAUCUAGUGAGAAGAGUGUUGGAUCACCAGCAACAAAACAAUCUAGUGAGAAGAGUGUUGAAACAACAGCAAAAGAAUCUAGUGAGAAGAGUGUUGGAUUAACCAAAUCGGCAGCUGAAUAGUAAUAGUUGCUAGUGAGAAGAACAUUGGAUCAGCAUCAACAAAACCAUCUAGUGAGAAGAGUGUUGGAUCAGCAGCAAGAGAAGCAUCUCGUGAGAAGAACGUUGGAUCAGCAUCAACAAAACCAUCUAGUGAGAAGUGUGUUGGAUCAGCAGCAAGAGAAGCAUCUAGUGAGGAGAGUAAUGAAUCAUCAGCAACAAAACAAUCUAGUGAGAAGAGUGUUGAAACAACAGCAAAAGAACCAUCUAAUGAGAAGAAUGUUGGAACAUCAGCAAGAGAGCCAUUUAGUAAGAAGAGUGUUGGAUUAGCAGCAAAAGAACCACCCAGUGAGAAGAUCAUUGAAUCAGCAGCAAGAGAGCCAUCUACUAAUAAUAAUAAUAAUAACUAGUAUUUAUAUAGCGUUUUUCUCCCAGUGGGACUCAAAGUGCUUUUUCAGCGCUCACUCUCAGAAUUAACCAAAUCGGCAGCUGAAUAGUAAUAGUUGCUAGUGAUAAGAACAUUGGAUCAGCAUCAACAAAACCAUCUAGUGAGAAGAGUGUUGGAUCAGCAGCAAGAGAAGCAUCUCGUGAGAAGAGUGAUGAAUGAUCAGCAACAAAACAAUCUAGUGAGAAGAGUGUUGAAACAGCAGCAAAAGAACCACCCAGUGAGAUAAUUGAAUCAGCAGCAAGAGAGCCAUCUAGUGAGAAGAGUGUUGAAUCAGCAAUACCAAAACCAUCUAGUGAGAGGAAUGUUGGAUCAGCAGCAACAAAACCAUCUAGUGAGAAGAGUGUUGGAUCAGCAGCAACAAAACCAUCUAGUGAGAAGAGUGUUGGAUCAGCAGCAACAAAACCAUCUAGUGAGAAGAGUAUUGAAACAGCAGCAAAAUAACCAUCUAGUGAGAAGAAUGGUGGAAGAGCAGCAAGGGAACCGUUUAGUGGCAAGGGUGUUGGAUCAGCAGCAAGUGAACUAUUUAGUGAGAAGAGUGUCAAACCAGAAGCAAGAGAACCACCUAGU